UUCUUCAUAAAGGUGAGGCCUUUAGAUGGCCAGAAACGUGCCUCUCAACACCCUUAGAACACCAUCAUCGCCGUCCGAGGUCUCUCAUCUUCACCACCGUUCUCUCCUACGAUCAUGCGCCUUAGGCCAUGUCCCUCCAGCCCUGGGGCGAAGUCUACACGCCGCCCUCCUCAAGGCAGGAAUCCUUCUCUCGCCCACUUACCCGAACAUCUCCAACGCCCUAUUCCACAUGUACGCAGCCCUCGGUUCAUCUUCUUCAGCCCUACGAGCCUUCCAAGAUAUCCCAAGGCCAACUCUUUCUUCCGUCGACUGGACCGCUCUUAUCUCCUGCUAUGUCCGCAAUGCGUUCCCCGCCCGUGCUCUUCUUCUCUUCCGCGCCAUGUGCCGUGAAGGCUUGGACCCCGACGAGGUCACCCUCCUCUCUGUCUUCUCCGUUGCCGCUUGCCUCUCUUACCCCAUUGCCGGCGCCUCCGCUCACAUUUUUCUUAUCAAACUAGGGCUCCCGUUCACUCUAUCGGCUUGCAACGCCGCCAUGAACAUGUACGCCAAAUGCGGUCGAAUGCUGGAAGCCCGGCGACUAUUUAACGAAACACCUUGUCCAAAUGUUGUUUCUUGGACUGUCAUCCUUGUUGGUUCGCUUCGUUGUGAAGGAAUCAGUAGCGGUCGCAAAGUGUUCGAUCUAAUGCCUGAUAGGAACGACGUUUCGUGGACAGUAAUGGCUGCUUCCUGUGUGGAAGCGGGAUUACCCAGAGAAGCUUUCUCCCUACUGGCCGACAUGAUAUUCCCAAACGCCUCCAUCAUCAGAAGAAUUAAUCACAUCACCCUAUGUUCCCUGAUUUCUGCAUGCUCCCAAGCUGGUGAUCUCAUCGUCGGCCGUUGGCUUCAUUCCACCGCUCUGAAAUCAGGUCAUUUCGACGACAACCAUCUUCUCAUCGUCAACACCGCUCUUAUCGAUAUGUACGCGAAGUGCGGGCGGAUCGAGGCCGCCAUUGCGCUGUUCGAGGUGAUGCCGGCAACAAAUGUGAUCACUUGGAAUGCAAUGUUAAGCGGGCUGUCAAUGCAUGGAAUGUGUGCUGAAGCGCUGAAACUUUUCUCAAUAAUGGUGAAGGAGGAAGGUCUUCCGCCAGAUGAUAUCACAUUUGUAAGUCUGCUCAGUGCUCUCAGCCGCGCAGGGCUAGUACAGCGAGGCCGCGAGCUUUUCCUUGAGAUGAAGCAAGUUUACGGCUUAACGCCUAAGGUUGAACACUACGCUUGCAUGGUUGAUCUCUUGGGCCGGGCGGGGCAUUUAAAUGAAGCAGAAACCUUGAUUCGAGAAAUGCCAGUGCGCCCCAACGAAGUUGUUCUGGGUUCUCUCCUCGCAUCUUGCAGUCUCCAUGGGAAGCUCAAAUUAGGAAAAAAGCUCUCGCGGGAGCUCAUGGAGAUGAACCCAAACAACACAGACUAUCAUGUUCUCCUCUACAAUAUGUGCUCAUCCCAAGGGCGGCAUCGGGAUGCCGAAGAGCUACGUAGGCAGAUCAAGAAGAGCGAACAAAAGAAAGGACCUGGCUUGAGCUAUAUUGAAAUCAACGGUUUUGUGCACCGAUUCUGUGCUGGAGAUAAAUCGCACCCUCGAACUCUGGAGCUGUACGCUAAAUUGGAUGAGAUUGCGCAGCGCUUGCGAUUUGCGGGGUACUAUCCAAAUGUAGCUUCGCAAGUGCCGCGUUCCAUGGAUAACUGCUUGGAGGGCGAGGAAGAAAGAGAAGAGCGAGAGCAGGCUUUGUUGGCUCACAGUGAGAGACUUGCCGUUGCAUUUGGUCUUAUUAGUUCCAAACCUGGAAUGCCACUCCGUAUUUUUAAGAAUCUCCGCAUAUGCUGCGACUGCCACUCUGCCAUGAAGCUGAUUUCACAGAUCUUUAGUAGAGAGAUCAUUGUCAGAGAUCGGAAUCGUUUCCACCGGUUCAAGGAUGGUCUGUGUACUUGUUCCGAUUACUGUGAGACCGGACCGUACAUGUGGCUGGUUGUGAUUGGAAUGGGGAGUUUUGUGACGUCUGAAUACCUGCUGCGCCCCUCAGGCUAAGACUGGAUCACGCACAUAAGGCACAAGAAGUUUUGUGACAACACAUGGGCUCAAGCUAUAUUGAAUCAAUUAUUUUUCCUGCAGCUCAUCCACAAUUCCUUGUAGAAUAUGAUGCUCAUUUUUGCUGUCCGUUGUACGAUAGAUUGGCUAGAGGAGCACUUAGAGAGAAAUUAAUUUGGUUUUGGACAGACCACAUUGGUGGUAAAUAA